GAGUGCGCAACCAAAGGCACAAGGAAACUCGAGAAGGGCAAACGAGAAGGAGAAAUUUUCGCCUUUCAACUUUCUUUUCUCAAGUACACAAAAGAAGAUUUUCCUUUUCUCCGCGAAAUCGUGCAGAAAAUCUCGAACAGAGGCAUUUUUGUAGUUCCGUUUACGCCUGAAGCCAUCGGGAGGGAAGUGUGUUUUACCGAUUGUGUGUGGUUUCUGCAAAAUGGUUGUGAAAAACGUAAUCGCAGUGUAGAGAAGUCGUCAUCCGAAAUAGCAGCAGUGGCACAGCCUUCGACGAGGGAGAGGGAGUGCAGCCAAGAUGAAUUUAUAAGUGAAAAAGGAAAUACGCCCAUUUCUGAUAUUUCCGUUUUUUGCCUGUCUCCUGACGGGCGGAUGCUGGAUGCUGGUGUCGGAUGCAAAAAUAGGUGCUGUUGUGUUGUGUAUCGAUGAAAAUCGGAAUCAAAUUAGCAGGGAAAAUGAAUUUAUUGGUUGCUUCCGUCGUGACGACGGUGCUGUUGCUUGGUUGCCUAAUUUCUGGCAUCGAGAUGAAAAGCUACAAAGCGACGACGAACCGAGGCAGCGGGAUCAGCAUAGGUGGUAGCAGUAGCACAAGCAGCAGUAGUAGUGAUAGCGGGAGCAGCAGUGCUGCUUCCGGAAAGGGUGCAACCCGUCCCAGUGCCAGACGGAACCAGCUGAACGUCGGCCUGCUGGUUCCACACACCAACUUCGGUCGACGGGACUAUCUGCGCUCGAUCAAUACCGCUGUGGUUGGUUUGACGAAGGGGCGUGGACCGAAGCUGACCUUCCUGAAGGACCAUGAAUUUCAAACCACCAACAUACACUUUGACAUGAUGUCGCUCACGCCAAGCCCCACAGCCAUUCUCAACACCCUGUGCAAGGAGUUUCUGCACGCGAACGUGACCGCCAUCCUGUACAUGAUGAACUACGAAUCGUACGGCCGGAGCACGGCCUCGGCCCAGUACUUCCUGCAGCUGGCCGGCUAUCUCGGAAUUCCGGUCAUCUCGUGGAACGCGGACAACUCCGGCCUGGAGCGGAGGGCGUCGCAGUCGACGCUACAGCUGCAGCUGGCGCCCAGCAUCGAACAUCAGAGCGCAGCCAUGCUGAGCAUUCUGGAACGGUACAAGUGGCACCAGUUUUCGGUGGUGACGUCGCAAAUUGCCGGACACGACGACUUUGUGCAGGCCGUGCGGGAACAGGUGGCCGCAAUGGACCACUUCAAAUUCACCAUCCUGAACUCGGUCAUCGUGUCCCGGCCGAUCAAUCUGGUCGAGCUGGUCAACAGUGAAGCCCGGGUGAUGCUCCUGUACUGCACCAAGGACGAAGCGGUCGACAUCCUGAAGGCCGCUGAGGACCUGAACAUCGUAGGCGAGAAUUACGUCUGGGUAGUGACGCAGAGUGUCAUCGAGAACAUGCAGGCCCCGUCCCAGUUCCCGAUGGGCAUGCUGGGUGUUCACUUCGACACAUCGUCCAGUGCACUGCUGAACGAGAUCUCCAACGCCAUACGGGUGUACGCGUACGGGGUCGAGUACUAUCUGGGCGAUCCGAAGAACAUUGGACGGGGUUUGGAUACGCAUCAGUUGUCGUGCGAAGAUGAAGGUAGAGGCCGCUGGGAUAAUGGGGAGUUGUUCUUCAAGUACUUGCGGAAUGUUUCGCUGGAAGGUGAGCCGAACAGGCCUAACAUUGAGUUUACGGCGGAUGGGGACUUGAAGUGGGCAGAACUGAAGAUUAUGAACCUGCGGCCGAGUGUCAACAGUAAGGGGCUGGUGUGGGAAGAGAUUGGAAUGUGGAAAUCGUGGCAACCGCAGAAGCUCGAUAUUAGGGAUAUUGCAUGGCCGGGAAAUUCGCAUACGCCACCGCAGGGCGUGCCGGAGAAGUUCCAUCUGAAGAUAACGUUUUUGGAGGAAGCACCGUACAUUAAUCUAUCGCCGGCAGAUCCGGUGAGUGGAAAGUGUCUGAUGGACCGGGGAGUGCUGUGUCGGGUGGCGGCGGAUCACGAAAUGACGGACAUUGAUAUGGGCCAGGCGCACAAGAACGGGUCCUUCUACCAGUGUUGCAGUGGUUUCUGUAUCGAUUUGUUGGAGAAGUUUGCAGAGGAAUUAGGAUUCACGUACGAGCUUGUAAGGGUGGAAGACGGCAAGUGGGGAACGUUGGAGAACGGUAAAUGGAACGGAUUGAUUCACGAGCUGGUGAACCGAAAGACCGACAUGGUGUUGACUUCGCUGAUGAUCAACGCGGAAAGAGAAGCGGUGGUGGAUUUCAGUGAGCCUUUCAUGGAGACGGGAAUUGCGAUUGUGGUGGCGAAGAGGACUGGAAUCAUUUCGCCAACGGCGUUCCUGGAGCCAUUCGAUACGGCAUCGUGGAUGUUGGUGGGGAUCUUUGCCAUCCAGGCAGCAACGUUUAUGAUCUUUCUGUUUGAAUGGCUUUCGCCGAGUGGAUACGAUAUGAAAACGGUGCUGCAGAAUGCGAACAAUACUCCGUAUCGGUUUUCACUGUUUCGGACGUACUGGUUGGUGUGGGCAGUGCUGUUCCAGGCUGCUGUACACGUGGAUUCACCACGUGGCUUCACGUCUCGCUUUAUGACCAAUGUGUGGGCUAUGUUCGCUGUAGUGUUUCUUGCUAUCUACACUGCCAACCUUGCGGCGUUCAUGAUAACCAGGGAGGAAUUUCACGAGUUUACUGGUCUGGAUGAUAACCGUUUGUCGCAGCCGUUUUCGCACAAACCGACCAUCAAGUUCGGGACGAUUCCUUGGAGCCACACGGACUCGACCAUUUCCAAGUACUUCAAGGAGAUGCACUACUACAUGAUGCAGUACAACAAGACCAGUGUAGCGGAUGGGGUGGCAGCUGUUCUGAACGGGCAGAUGGAUGCUUUCAUCUACGAUGGAACGGUGUUGGACUACCUGGUCCAACAGGAUGAAGACUGUCGGUUGCUCACCGUAGGCCAGUGGUACGCUAUGACCGGUUAUGGCCUGGCGUUCAGCCGCAAUUCUAAAUACGUCCAAAUGUUCAACAAACGGCUACUGGAGUUUCGUGCAAAUGGAGACCUGGAGCGACUUCGCCGGUACUGGAUGACUGGAACGUGUCGUCCUGGGAAACAGGAACACAAAUCAUCGGAUCCGCUCGCCUUGGAACAGUUCUUGUCGGCGUUCCUGUUACUGAUGGCCGGAAUUCUGCUUGCCGCUUUGCUCCUGCUACUGGAACACCUUUACUUCAAGUACUUCCGCAAACGGCUUGCGAAAAAGGACCACGGUGGAUGCUGUGCUCUGAUUUCACUGUCCAUGGGCAAAUCUCUGACCUUCCGGGGAGCCGUCUUCGAAGCAACAGAAAUCCUUCGACGGCACCGCUGCAGUGAUCCGAUCUGCGAUACGCACCUGUGGAAGGUGAAACACGAACUGGACAUGAGCCAGCUGAGGAACACCCAGCUGGAGAAGGCACUGGACGCACACGGAAUUAAGCCACCGCAGCUACGGAUUGCAUCGACGAACGACAUCGUCGGAGCGGCCCGGCGGGAAAAUAUGCACCAGCGGCCGAAUGUUCUCGGCAAUCUGAGUCUGGGUGGCAGUGCACAGGAUUUAUACCGCUGGACGUACACAACGGAGAUUGCCGAAAUGGAAACGGUUCUGUAAGAGACGGCGGCGUCG